AGAUUCCAUAUGUCGCCUAACACCUAUGAUAUAUAUUGAGAAGAUGCCAAUGAAAAAGUACAGACUCAAUUCAACAUUCAAAUCAAGGCUUCUCUUUCUUUUCUCUUGAGCAAAAAAUGGCAGCUUCUUCUCCUUUGAACACAAGAUCCAAUUUCCAUGCUCGCUCAAUCAGCUUGCCAUCUAGACCACACCCCUUAUUUCUUAAAUGCAGUGAACAUUUGGAGACCUUAUUAAAGUCUUCUAAUGAAACCUUCUCCUCAUCGUUACUUUUCCAUAAGAUCGAUGGCUUGCGAGAUUUGAUUGAGUGUGUUGAAAAUUUGAUUCAGCUUCCACUCACACAAGAUGCACUUGUUCAUGAUCAUCAAGAAAAUUGGGUAAACAACCUUUUGGAUGGAUCCUUAAGGCUCUUAGAUGCGUGUAGUGCAGCUAAAGAUUCUCUAAUUCAUACAAAAGAAUACACAAGAGAACUUCAAUCCAUCAUAAGAAGAAGAGGAGACGGAGCGGACGUCACUGCAGAGGCUAAGAAAUUCAUGACAUCUAGAAAAGUUGUGAAAAAGGCCAUCUCCAAAGCCUUGACAAAUUUGAAGGGAAAUACCAAAAGUUGCAACAGGUUAUCAACAAACAAAGACCAUCAAACAUUGGCUUUGAUUAAAUUAUUACAAGAUGUUGAAGUAGCUACACUAACUACAUUCCAGACAACACUGCAAUUUAUCUCAGGGACCACACCGUCAAAAUCCAACAGUUGGGGCUCCAUUUCCAAGCUUAUACAGCCUAAAAGAGUUGCUUGCUCUCUAGUUGCAGAUGAGAGUGAAUUUGCCCAAGUGGAUGUAGCAUUGCAGUGUUUCCUAUUUACCGAGACUGGAAAACUUGAAGCUAUCAAUGAUCUACAAAACCAUUUGGAGAAAAUAGAAUGUUGCAGUCAGGACCUUGAAGAAGGACUUGAGUUUCUGUUUAGGCGUCUCAUUAAAAUCCGAGUCUCACUUCUUAAUACCCUCAAUCAUUAGUUGAAUGUAUACAAGGAUCAAAAUUUUGUAGUGAUAUAAAUACACUUGUACAUGAAAAUUAUAUGUGAAAAUGAAUAGCAAUAAU